GCCCUGGCCCUGGCUCUGCCCUCCGCGGCCCUGGAGAACGGGCUGGCGCUCACCCCCCCCAUGGGCUGGCUGGCUUGGGAGAGGUUCCGCUGCAACGUGGACUGCCGGGCGGACCCCCGCAACUGCAUCAGUGAGACACUCUUCUUCGAGAUGGCAGACCGCCUGGUAGAGGAUGGCUGGAGGGAGCUGGGCUAUGAGUACAUCAACAUUGAUGACUGCUGGUCUGCCAAGCAGCGGGACACGAUGGGACGGCUGGUUCCAGACCCCGAGAGGUUUCCCAGUGGGAUUAAGGCUCUGGCUGACUAUGUCCAUGCCCGAGGCCUGAAGCUGGGCAUUUAUGGCGACCUGGGCACCCUCACCUGCGGGGGCUACCCGGGCACCACGCUGAACCAUGUGAAGCAGGACGCCCAGAGAUUUGCGGAGUGGGGUGUGGACAUGCUGAAGCUGGAUGGGUGCUACUCAUCAGGAGAGGAGCAGGCGGAGGGCUACCCAGAAAUGGCGAGGGCCUUGAAUGCCACAGGCCGUCCCAUCGUCUACUCCUGCAGCUGGCCAGCGUAUCAGGGGGGGCUUCCCCCAAAGGUGAACUACACCAUCCUGGCAGAGGUCUGCAACCUGUGGCGUAACUACGAUGACAUCCAGGACUCCUGGGACAGUGUGCUUUCCAUCCUUGACUGGUUCUCUGCAAACCAGGAUGUGCUGCAGCCAGCGGCUGGUCCUGGCCACUGGAAUGACCCAGACAUGCUCAUCAUUGGAAACUUUGGCCUUAGCUAUGAGCAGUCCCGCUCUCAAAUGGCCUUGUGGACAGUGAUGGCAGCUCCACUCCUCAUGUCCACGGAUCUCCGCACCAUCUCCCCAAGCGCCAAGGAGAUCCUGCAGAACCGCCUGAUGAUCCAGAUCAACCAGGACCCCCUGGGAAUCCAGGGGCGCAGGAUUGUCAAGGAGAAAACCCACAUUGAGGUGUUCCUGCGCCCGCUGUCCCAGGCUGCCAGCGCCCUCGUCUUCUUCAGCCGGAGGUCAGAUAUGCCCUUCCGCUACACCACCAGCCUGGCCAAGCUCCACUUCCCUGAGGAUGCAGUGUAUGAGGUACAAGAUGUGUACAGCGGGAAGAUCAUCAGCGGCUUAAAGACGGGAGACAGCUUCUCGGUCGUUAUUAACCCCUCAGGGGUGGUGAUGUGGUAUCUCUAUCCCACGGUGCUCCCGGCACAGCCCUGGCACCUUGUCAGACAGCAAGCCCCCAGCGAGGAUUUCCGCCCAGUCCUCCUGUGAUGAGGCUCAGCACAUGGGAGUGUGGGUCAGUGCCGGGGUGAGCUGCGAGACCCUGGGACACGUGGCUCUUCACUGCACAAGUGCCUUUUGCUGACGUGCCCAGCAGUGCUGGGGAGUGACCAUUCCUCGGGUGCCAGCUUGAUGUUUACUCAGUCUGCAUAAAGCAGAAAUUGUUGUUACCCACCUCCUAAGGGUGCACAGAGCAUAAUUCCUCGGUGACUGCAAAACCCUUUGAGAUCCUCCUGUAGAAGAUGCCAUACAAGCAGAGUCCAGCCACUGUUGGGAGUUUUUGUCAGCUCUGACACCUGAGCACUUCGCUGCUUUGAGCUGGGUACCACUGACCACUGCAGGGGAUGUUUGAAUUAUACCUGUAGAAGGGCUUCGAAUGCUUUAGUGUCUUCUUAGGGUAGUGAUUCCCCCCAUGCAUGAUGGUGUUAGGCUCAAGGGUCAGACCUGGUCACCUUCUUUCCUUUGCUAUAAUCAGCUUGGCUUAGAAUAAGGGGAAUGUCAAUAGGGCUGCACCCUUACCAUGUAAUCUCCCCAGGACCAAGAGCUCCUGGAGACAUGAUGGUCCAGUGCAGAGAGGCUUUGCUUGCAGGCCUGAUCCUGCUGCCAGGAUCCUGGAGGCCAGCACUACUACAGCCUGCAUGCUAGCAUUGUGUUAAAACCCCUCUGGUAUCAGUUUACAGAGCAGAGCAAAAACCUCCAUUGGCCGUGCACAACCCCAGCAACCUUGCUGUGGUACAGCACCAAAAACUGCAGAGCCGGUGUGUUGUACACGAGUGGUGUUGGGAAGAUGCUGAUGCUCAGUUGAGGUCAUUUUUUGAGUUGGGA